ACAGGACAUCCCCAGUCCCACUCUGGGUUUCCUUUUUUCUUUUCAAUUUGUCCCAGCGCUCUCCUUUGUCCAGUUCCUUGAUUAUGAGAGAGCAAUCCUUACCCAAGCUCAAAUCACAAAAAGGACUUUUACCAGGCAUGCUGAAGCGCACCAAAUACAGCCGUCUGCGCAACGAUUCGCUGACGUCUCUGGAGGACCGGCCCCAAAGAAUGCUGCCCCUGAAGAGCGACCUUUGCUUAGACUCUGAUUUCGCCCAGCUUGAUCCGGGGACGCCUUCCCACCAGGGGCCGUCCACCCUGAGGGACUUCAUCCCCCGUGUGGCCAACAUCCGAUUGCAAAGUCCUAUCUCCCUGCGAGGCCUGAGGGGACAGACAGCCCGGGACAGCACCAUUGACGCUGACUUGUCCAGAGCAGAAUGGGGUUCAGGGGCCAACCAGAGAUUUUGUAGCCAUCCCUCCCUAAAUGUGCCGCUAUCCGCUGGUCACACGGCUCUGCGCUGCACAAAAAGACCCAUCACCCUGCAUCGCAUGGCCAGCCUCCCCUGGACGCUCGGCUGUCCUCCGUGCUCCCAACACAGAGAUGGACUGUGCCGUUUGAAGACUUCCUCUGCAGCAGAUGACUGUACGGCGAACAGAGCGGUUCACCAUCACAUCAAGUACAUGGGCAGUGUGGAGGUGACCCAGUCCAUGAGAACCCUCGACUUUGAUACGAGAAUGAAAGUCACACGAGAGGCAAUCAGCAGACUGUGUGAGAGGACAUCGGCCAAGACAGCAGUGAAAACUAAAAGGCCUGUAUGUAAGGGACUGUCUGCAGUUCUGGGUCAAAUCAACUUGCAGUUUUCUGGCAGCAGGAUCAUCCUCGCCGUCUCCACAGACAGCGUGACUCUGAUCGCUGCCUCCUCCUUACAGAAGAUUGCCCACCACCCCAUGCAGGCUAUCUCAUUUGCCUCAGGAGGAGACCCAGAAAUGGCAGAUUAUAUUGCCUAUGUUGCCAAGGAUCUCGGCAAUCAGAGAGCAUGUCACAUCCUGGAGUGUCCCCGGGGUCGGGCUGGUGAGGUUAUCAACAGCAUCGGUCAGGCCUUUGAGACUCGUUUCCGCCAGCUUCUCAGCCACACGCCAUCGCUUCUCUCCACCAAUCCCAGGUCAGCAGUGAGGAUCUGUCACAAAUGUAGCCCAGAGGAGACGACAACAGACCAACAGGCUGCACAUCAAGGUGAACUCAGUGAGCGCCAUGACUACUACAAUGUGAUCCCAGGGAAGACGCCCCCUGCUGGUGGAAUAGAGGACCUGAGGACAACACAUGAGGAGAACAAACAGGAUGAUGACAUACAGGGGGUUUGUUCGUCUCAGCCUGUUUCACUGUAUGAGAACUGCUCCAUCACAGAAGAAACUCCAGCUCCACCUGCAGACUCAGUGGUGUCUGAGGUCAGUGCUGAACAGUGCACUCCGCUCUCUCAGACACUGAUCCAGGAGGAAGGCUGGUUUCACGGCAGGUUAGGCAGAGAGCAGGCAGAGUCACUUCUCACCUGCAGCGGAGAUUUCCUGGUCAGAGAGAGCAGCUCUGCGUCUGGUCAGUAUGUUCUCAGCGGGAUGGAGGGAGCCACCGUGCGGCACCUGCUGCUGGUGGAUCCACAUGGACAGGUGCGGACCCGUGAUCAAGUGUUUUUGAGCGUCGGACACCUAGUGCGUUUCCACAUGGAGAACCAGAUGCCCAUCGUUUCUGGAAGCAGCGAACUAUGUCUGAAAGCGCCAAUCCUACAAAGACACUAACAUACACAUUCAUAGACUUUCAUAUGUAUACAUUAGCCGUCAGCAGCGGUUCUCCAGCAGUUUUGCAGCUGAGGGACAAUGUGC